UGACAACAACAAGAUUUCUAACCACUCGACAUUCUCGAAAGUGAGAGUGAAUGACGGGAAAGCAGCCGGCUGUGGCAUCUUCCCCAGAGGAGUCGCUGCUAAAAUCAGCAGAGAGAACUAGCUCUGGCUAAACCCUAAACCCUUGGAAUCCUUCAACGCUGCCCCACAAGUCAAUAACGCAGCUCACAGAUCCCUUAUACAACAAAAAUGGUGAAACGCAGUACAAAGAGCAAGAGCAAACGUGUACCACUACGGAAGAAAUACAAAAUACUGAAGAAAGUGAAAGAGCAUCACAAGAAGAAGGCCAAGGAAGCCAAAAAGCUGGGAAAAACGAGAAGAACGAAAGUUGAAAAGGAUCCAGGCAUACCCAAUGAUUGGCCGUUCAAGGAACAGGAGCUGCACGCUCUUGAAGCCAGACGAGCCCGCGCCCUUGAAGAAAUGGAGCGCAAAAAGGAGCUCAAGAAAGAGCGGGCUCAAAAAAGAAAACUUGGUUUGCUAGAGGAAGAUAGGGAUCUCAAGGAACUUGCUAAUUCUGUAUCAGACAGACAAAAUGAAUUUGCAAAGAAAAAGUUGAUCACAAGAGACUCAGAAUCAGGCAGAAUUCAUGAUAACUCAGAGAGAACAUUUUAUAAAGAAUUGGUUAAAGUGAUAGAAGCAUCAGAUGUUAUUGUGGAGGUUCUAGAUGCUAGAGAUCCUCUUGGAUCCCGAUGCACAGACAUGGAGCAGAUGGUAUUGAAAGCAGGGGCCGAAAAGCGUCUUAUUUUGCUUCUUAACAAAAUAGAUCUUGUUCCUAGGGAGAUUGCAGAGAAAUGGCUCAAAUAUUUUAGAGAAGAGCUGCCAACUGUGGCCUUCAAGUGCAACACCCAAGAGCAGAAGUCAAAUUUAGGAUGGAAAUCAGCUUCAAAGGUUCUCAAGCAUCCUCCACGACUUCAAACUAGCGACUGUCUUGGGGCCGACAUACUUAUCAAGUUGUUGAAAAAUUACUCUAGGAGUUAUGAGCUGAAAAAAUCUAUUACUGUUGGUGUUGUGGGGCUACCUAAUGUUGGCAAAAGCAGUCUUAUCAACAGCAUAAAGAGAUCACAUGUUGUCAAUGUUGGAGCUACUCCAGGCAUAACGAGAUCAAUGCAAGAAAUUCAAUUAGACAAGCAUAUUAAACUGUUAGAUUGUCCUGGAGUUGUGAUAGCCAAGUCUGGUGACAACAAUGCAACAAUUGCCCUUCGCAACUGUAAAAGAAUUGAAAAAUUGGAGGAUCCUAUAACUCCAGUGAAGGAGAUUUUGAGGCUGUGUUUAGCAGAGACAUUGAUGUCGUUAUACAAGCUGCCUAGCUUUAGUUCUGUUGAUGAAUUCUUGCAAAAAAUUGCAUCAAUUCGUGGAAAGCUAAAGAAAGGCGGUGUACCAGAUGUGACAGCAGCUGCUAGGAUCGUUUUACAUGACUGGAAUGAAGGAAAGAUACCCUAUUAUACAUUACCACCAACACGAAAUGAGGGUGAACAUCUGGAUUCUGCUAUAGUAUCAAGCUGGGGAAAAGAGUUUGAUUUGGAUGAGUUUUAUAAACAGGAGUCGGAUAUGAUAAGCAAUCUCCAUCCUAUGAUUGAUGGUGGUCAUGUUGAAAUAGCUCAUAAUUCUCCUCUCCAUAUGGAUGUCCAGCUUUCACAGAGUGAGGAAGAUGACAUGGAAGAAGCCGAGAGUCCACAUCGGGAAACACAUGAUGCACUGGGAAUGGAAACAAGUGAAAUUGUUGCGACUAAAGUAAAGAAAACUUUGAAUCAAAGUGAUAAGCUUUAUGAGGCAGAAGGUAUAUUGAAUCCACAUGCUGCAAGAGCUGCAAAAAAAAGGAGAAAAAAAUCUGGUAAAGUGCCUGUGAAUGUAUCUACUGAAGUUGAGGAUGAUGAUUACAACUUUGCUGUUGACUAUAAUCAGCAGUAUGCUGCUUCUGGGAGAGAAGCUCAACUGGAUGAAGAUGAUGCUGACGAAAACAUAGAUGAAGGGAAUGAUCUUGAAGGUGCACCGAUGACAGGUGUUGAAUUGGAUGCUGAAGAGUAAGAAAGAAAAUGGUGCAGGAAUUAUGCUAGUGGUAUGCAUCUAUAUAAUUUAUUUAAAUAUUCUGAAAUUCAAUUUUGCUGGAAGGAAAGUAGAUUGUUUUGCUUUGGCUGGAGAGGUUCAAUUGCCACGGCUAAUGCUAGGAUCGCCUAAUGUUAUGAUGGCCUAUUGCAUCUAUUUUUUCGAAGCAUAAUAUUUUUUUUUUGCAGUGACAUUUCGCCUCAUCAAAGUGGCUGAUGGUGGGGAUGAGAAGUAAAUGUAGGCGGCUAUUUACAAAAUGUUGUAUUAUUACUGCAGGCUUUACUGGAAUAUAUGUACUAACAUUUUAUAUUUAAAGUAAAGCUACUUAUUUUCUUGGUA